AAAGACCCAACCCUCCCCUCGCCCCCAACCAAAAAAAAAAAACCCUUCCAUCUCCCACCUCCGCCUCGGCAGGCACUGCCAAUCACCUCUCCCCUCCCUUCCUCCUCGAUCCCAAGGCGCGAGAGAUCCGGGAACCCGCGACGACCGCGCGCACGAGCCGCUGCAGUGAGCGACCUCGCAACCCGCGCGCGCUUGAGGGGAGAUCGAGCAGAAGGUGCUGGGACCCGACCGAGCCGAGGACUCGAGACCAUGAAGUACGUGCUGGUGACCGGCGGCGUGGUGAGCGGGCUGGGGAAGGGCGUGACGGCCAGCAGCAUCGGCGUCCUGCUCAAGGCCUGCGGCCUCCGCGUCACCUCCAUCAAGAUCGGGUGCUUGCAGGGGCGAAGCUGUGGUUCCCUGGUGCACAUGCACCAUGAUCCAUACCUCAACACCGAUGCAGGAACCAUGUCUCCGUUCGAGCAUGGUGAAGUGUUUGUUUUGGACGACGGUGGUGAGGUGGACUUGGACCUUGGAAAUUAUGAACGGUUUCUGGACAUCAAGUUGACUCGUGACAACAACAUAACCACGGGAAAGAUCUACCAGUCUGUUAUUGACAAAGAACGAAGAGGAGAUUACCUUGGAAAAACUGUUCAGGUUGUGCCACACAUCACAGAUGAAAUACAAGAGUGGAUUGAACAUGUCGCAAUGAAUCCAGUUGAUGGUACAGAGGAGCCAGCUGAUGUCUGUGUCAUAGAACUUGGUGGCACAAUAGGAGAUAAAAUAUUUUCGCCGCAUAACAACAGUAGCAUUCUUGAUGCAGGAGACAUUGAAUCAACGUCUUUCAUUGAAGCAUUAGGCCAAUUUUCAUAUCGUGUUGGGCCUGGAAACUUUUGCUUGGUGCAUGUCAGUCUUGUUCCAGUUCUAAAUGUAGUUGGUGAGCAGAAAACGAAGCCUACCCAACAUAGUGUCCGAGGACUAAGAGGACUUGGACUCCUUCCUGAUAUUUUGGCAUGUCGCAGUACACAGCCACUUGAAGAGCAUGUGAAGGUGAAGCUUGCGCAAUUUUGCCAUGUCCCGAUACCAAAUAUCAUUAAUCUCCAUGAUGUCAUGAAUAUUUGGCAUAUCCCUUUGUUGCUCAGGGAUCAGAAGGCCCAUGAAGCUAUUCUGAAGGUUUUAGACCUUCAGUGUGUGGGAAACGUUCCUCGAGAACCAAAAUUGGCCGAAUGGACUGAUAGAGCCAGCAAAUGUGACAAAUUGAAAACUCCAGUUAGGAUUGCUAUGGUUGGAAAAUAUACUGGUCUAUCGGAUUCGUACUUGUCUGUUUUAAAGGCUCUUUUGCAUGCAUCAGUUGCUUUGAACAGGAAACUUGUGGUGGAUUGGGUUCCUUCCUGUGAUCUUGAAGAUUCUACCGCAGAAGAGAGUCCUGAUGCCUAUGAAAAAGCAUGGAAGUCGCUGAAGGGUGCAGAUGGUGUGUUGGUUCCAGGAGGUUUCGGAGACAGAGGAGUCCAAGGGAAAAUUUUGGCCGCAAAAUAUGCGCGUGAAAACAACGUUCCGUAUCUGGGCAUUUGCUUGGGCAUGCAAAUUGCAGUGAUUGAAUUUGCACGUUCUAUCAUGAAGUUGAAUGGUGCUAACAGCACAGAAUUCGAUCCAACCACAAAAACACCAUGUGUUAUUUUCAUGCCUGAGGGAUCCAAAACCCAUAUGGGUGCAACAAUGCGCCUGGGAUCAAGGAGGACCUAUUUUCAGGGCAAUAAAUGCAAAUCCGCUAAGCUGUAUGGCAACGCUAGCUAUGUUGAUGAAAGGCACCGCCACAGAUACGAGGUGAAUCCUGAUAUGGUCCCAGAAUUUGAGAAGGCAGGGCUUUCUUUCGUUGGCAGAGAUGAAAGCGGGAAACGAAUGGAGAUUAUUGAACUGCCAACUCAUAGGUUUUUUGUCGGCGCACAAUUUCAUCCUGAAUUCAAGUCAAGGCCUGGCAAACCAUCUCCACUUUUCCUAGGAUUGAUAGCAGCAGCAUCGGGUCAGCUUGAUCACCUGCUUCAACGCCCCUGCGGCGUUUUCAGUCCAACAGGCAGAUGCAGCUGUUUUUCCAACGGAACUCAGAAUCUUAAAGUGUACAAGAACGGGCACGUCAUAAAGCCACUGAAGGGCCUGGUGAACGGGCACUAUCCUGCAACCGGCAACGGCGCCAUUCCCAUCUAGCAGCACAACGGUGCAAGGCGCCAGGUUGUUUGAGAUUUCCCUUCUACCGUUUCUGCUUGAAUUUUUUUCCCCUUUCUCCCUUCGCGCGCGUUCUUCAAUUCUACCAGUCCAACUAAAGAAAAGGGCUGUUUGCUCCAGCGACACGGCGAGCCGGUUCCGAUGUUUUAAAGGAAGCAUUUGGCAUACAAGAUGUCGCGUUGAGAGGCAAAUUUAGCAGGUUACCUAGGGUUUGAUUAGUAGUGGUUAUCUGAUAUGCUGGCUUAUUCUGUUUGUUCGUUUGUUUGCUAAGAUUACAAGGGCCGGUGAUGUGCAACUAGCUGAAGUGGAGCCUGCCAUCUCGCCUGAUUGUACAUUGUAAAACAACUGCUACUCUCCAUGUACUGUAUCGAUGGAUGAGUAUAAAAAAAAAGUUAUGGGACCAA